CUCGCUUGUUCUCCUACUUAACCCUUCUUUGUCACGACCUUUGACGACUACUACACCACACCCUCUUCUACCCACAAAUGACCAAGUACCAGGAUCAACCUUCCGACAGCCCGCCCGCGUACGAGUACGUCGCUGCUCAGGGUAGUGGCUCCCGGGAUCCUUUGAUUCCUGCUGUUCAGCCCGGCGAUGACAUGGUGAAGAACACCCAGCCCCAGCCCCAGCCAGCCCCUGUCGCCACCCAUGGCCAUCCCGUACCUUCAUACCAGAACCCCACAGUCCAUUACUACAUGGACCCUGCGACGGGCGAGCGCGUUGCAUCUCUGCUUCCGCCAGACCAUCCGGAGAUGGUGUGCCUGCAGGCGGGAGGACACAUUGCUCAGACCAGAUACGGGAUCCUAGGUGUCAUCGCUGCCAUCGUCUGGUUCCCUCUGGGAAUCGGCUUGUGCUUACUCGACCGCCGGGUCAAGUGCAGACGCUGUGGCGCCCCCAUCGCUGAGGGCCCCUUCUGUUAAGUCUAACCAGACUUGCAACCCUAUCGUAUAUAUGAAUUUAGUUUCACUUCGCAUUGUUACUGUCGUGGAUUUCUUUGAACAUUCGUACUUACCUUGUAUCUUACAUAGCGUGCAUUGCACGAGUCGACCCCAGUUACGCAGUAUUCAGGAACUAUGACCCAUGUACAUAAUAGAUGGCUCAUAUGUGAGAUGCUGUGUGAUGCGUC